AAAUUCGUUGCUAACAACAAACAGCGCAAAGUUCAAGUGUUGCCACGUCCGCGUGCGGCAUUUCGAAGGCGUUAUUGGUGUGAAUCGCGGAUCGGUUAUUUUGAAUUUCGAAUUCGAGCGAACAUGAGCGGCACAGUGAAUUACGAGGAGGUUAAGGCGGCCGUAAGCGACCCCACGGUGCUGAUAAUAGACGUCAGAGGCCCCGAGGAGGUCCAGUCGACUGGAAAAAUCGGGAAUAGCAUUAACAUUCCAGUGGCUGAUGUAGCUGAAGCUUUGAAAGACGGGGAGUCUUUUAGAGAGAAAUACGGAAGGGCGAUACCCUCGCAUGAGGAUGCCAUUAUUUUCCACUGUUUAAAGGGCGGAAGGGCUCAAAAGGCCAGCGAUGCUGCGCUAGCAUUGGGAUUUAAAAACUCUAAAUAUUACCCAGGAAGCUAUUCCGAAUGGUCCAGCAAAAAUUGA